AUGGCAGUCACCAGAGCUUUGGUUAUGUUGGAAGAUUGCCACUGGAAUGUUCCGUAUAAGAAAAUAAGUGGAGAGACCAGCAUGCAGAUCAAGGCACAUUUAAAGAAUAACCUCUAUCAUCGGAGGGUCAAAAGAGUCAUUAAUGAGACAGGCUUAGGAGAGGAAAAUCCGUACAUUCUGGAGAGCACAGAGUCCUUUCUCUUAAAGUCUCGGCAGAAAACAGCUGGGGAGGGUGACAGUCUUGCUGAACAGAGGUCUCCCUCUACUCUACUGGAUGAAGACAUUGAAUCUAACAGAGAAACUCAUACUGGAGCAUGGACUCUAUCAACAUAUGAUACUACACAAGCAGAAGAUACAAACCCUGAGCCAUUACAGGAGGGGGGACUGUUGAAUGGAAAUGCUUCAAGUGCAGAGGCUAAGUGUUUCUUCAGUGGAAAUGGCAUAUGGAAUGAGUUUGGUGUAAAGGAAAAACUAUCGGGAGAUAUCCAAAAUAGAUAUGUAGAUAACACUGAAGAUGAUGACUUUGAGAGGUUCUCUGAUGCUGAGCGCAAGAUAAUUCAAGGAUACAUAAAUAUACAGUAUACAUCAAGGAAGAAGGUUUUCAUGGUGUAUAUCUGUGGAGGAUACCAAGAUUCCUACCCAGAAAGAAAUGCGUUGUUUGUCAAGUGUUAUCCAGAUCUCUACAUCUACUUCAAGGAAAGAGGCAUUGAGUUCCGUAUGUUUGAUCUGAGGUGGGGCUUGAAGGAUGGCAUCAGCAAUGACCAUGUUAUGCCUGCCCUACAUCUUAAGACCCUUCAGGAAUGCCAGGAUGCAGGACACAAAGCAUUCUUUUGCUUUGUAGGACAGAAAUGUGAUCAGAUGACUAUCCCGGCUAUUUUAGCUAAAGAAAUAUUUGAAGGCAUCAAAUCGUUGCUGGAAACGAUGAAGACAACAGCAGCCCAGACAGUUCUUGGUGCAGCAGGAUUUACAGGAACAGAUGACUCCUCGGUGAAAGAUGGGAGAACAAAUGAAUCAGACUAUCAGCAGGAUUCUGCAGAGGAGAAGUCAACACAUUCAGAUACGGAAGACACACUUCAAGAUCCUGACGACAAGAACAUGUUUGAGCCAACUCACAAAAAACUGUCACUGAAAUAUGACAGAGAUCUAGCACUUCUUACACAGUGGUUUCAACUGGAUGAGAACUGCGUGCCAAGUGUAUACAGACUUCAGGCCAUCAGCGUGCAUUAUGGAGAUGUAUUUAGUAAGGAUCCUGUACGCCGACAACAAGCCAAAAGCAAAUGGAUUGGUACAAUGCAAAGACUGUAUGAUAUUCUCCAGGAAUACUGUCCUCAGGUGGUGGGUAAAGAAGCAGCGGGGAAGCUUCUAAAUUCAGUGGUUCAACAAGAAAUAGACCAGGCGUUUAAUGUUGGAGGAAGCCCGGAAGAUCACUUUCAUUGCUUUAAACGAAUCAUCAGUGACAUUAAAUAUAACCUGUCCAGCAGUCGAACGUCUGACUACAUUGAUGUCCUUCCCGUUAAGCCUGAGAUCAAUAAGACCCUGUAUGAUGCCCAGCAGGCGCUUAUCAAGGGAAUUCAUCACAGGCUACGUCACACAAACAUCUACGAGUACAAUGUCAGCUGGGGAUGGGAAGGAAUAAAUCCUGUUAGCAACCGAUCUCAUGCAUACUAUCUGGAGCGCCUGUGUAGUGAUUUCCAGAGGAAGGUCAUUGGGCACUUCAGCAGAACAUGCCAAGUGCCCAGUGAACCAGAGAAGACUUGGAUGAGAAAGAAAUUUUUCCAGAAUCAGAGAAACGAGGAGAUUUUAGAGCAUGCCGCGCACUGCCAUACACUAGUCCAGAACUUUCUUGGUCGAAAGCCUUCUUUGAUACAGCUCCAAGACUGUGUGACAUCUUCUAACAGACGCCUGGUUGUAUUACAUGGACAGCCCGGCAGUGGGAAAAGUUCUCUGAUGGCUAAGGUGUCCGCAGAAGCAUCAUACUGGGUUGCCGGGGACCUGAGGGUCGUGACUCGAUUUAUCGGUGCUACUGGGAACAGCCGACACACUCGCCUACUGCUACAAAACCUGUGCUACCAGAUAGCUGAUAUAUAUAACCUGAAAACACAGUUCUCUGAGACUCUCAAAGGAUUGAUAAAUGAGUUCUCAACCGUUCUGGAAUUGGCUACUGAAGGUAGACCACUCAUGGUAAUCUUGGAUGGUACAGACGAGUUAUCAGAAAGUGAAGCACAUCUGUCCUGGAUACCCACAGAGCUGCCCCCACAUGUAUACUUCAUUGUGUCUGUCUCAUCAGACUGUGCCUCCUUCAGGCAUUUACAGAAACUUACAUUGGAACAGAAUAUUAUUCAGAUACCACCAUUGAGUUCAGUGGAAAUUAUUGACAUGAUUGAGUCUUGGCUAAACAGAGAUUGUCGUAAACUCACUGGGCAACAAAGAAGAGUCCUGAUUGAGGCCUGUACCUCAUGCCCUCUUCCACUCUACGCAGUUUGCUCAUAUAUGGAGUCACAUCAGUGGACAUCCUAUACCACUGACCGUGAAAUCCUUUUGCAUCCUAAUAUCUCAAAGAUUUAUUCCUGGCUCCUAUCAAGACUAGAGAAAAAACAUGGAGACCAAGUAGUAAAAAAGACCACAUCAUACAUCUCAUUGUCCAGAAAUGGCAUAACACAAGAAGAACUCUUAGACUUGCUGUCACUUGACCAAGCGGUAAUGGAUGAAAUAAGACAGUACCAGGGAGUGGUAGUACCAGUGUUUCCAGAAGUACUCUGGAUCAAGUUACGUAAUGACUUUGGGAUCCACUUGGUGGAACAAAGGACAGAUGAUAGCUAUGUCAUUAACUGGGCUCACAACCAGUUUAGGUCUGUGUGUAUGAAUAGAAAUGUGAAGUCAAAGGAGCAUCAACUUUCUAUCCACUCUGCUUUUACCAAUUACUACCUGGAAAGUCAAAGUCGCCAUAGACUUAAUAAAAGUGAUAGUGUCACAGCAAUCAUGCCACUGUCAUGGGUGGUAAAGCAUGAAAACCGAGCUGUCCAUGUGUUUAACCUGCGUAAAAUCCUUGGAACAUCAUAUCAUCUGUUGCAAUCUAAUCAACUACAACGUCUGGUGACAGAGUGCAUAUUCAAUUAUGAGUACCUGCUCCAUAAAGCUUGGGCUAUCUCCGUGGUGGAAAUCCAGGAUGACAUAAAAGCUGCUAUAAAUCCUGAGCGGCCAAUACUUGAUUUGAAUCUGCUAUCUGAAACUCUUCAGUUAUCUAUGAAGGUGUUACAGAGAGACCCCUGUCAGCUGGCAUCACAGCUCAAAGGACGACUGCACCAGAUAGAUGCCACCGACAUACCUGUUGCCCCCGGUGAUCCAAGGAAAUAUCCGAUACUGCCGUCCUUGAUGUCUCAGUGUCAGCAGUCCUCUAUUGCCACUUUCAUACCUUCGUUCACGUGCCUUCUGCCACCUGGAGGGAUUCUCUAUGACACCUUAGCAGGCCACACCGACAGCAUUACCGCCGUUGCAGAAGUGCAGGUUGAUCUACGAGCACUGACCGCUUCCAGAGAUGGCACCCUGAAGGUUUGGGACUUAACGGCGGGGAAGCCUGUAUUCACUCUUCAUGGCAUUGGAAAGAACACCGACUCCAUCACUGCGUGUAUGCAGAACAGAAUAAUCGCUGUCACUCAGGACCACAGUUUCCAGAUAUGGGACCUCUCAUGUAGUAAAAUGGUCUUCGCUGACAGUGACUGUUUGGAUGCCCCUAUCCUGACAUCUGCUAUGGAUGGCCAGCUUCUCUUAGCUUUUUUUGAUGGAAGCCAUUUAGUUAAGGUGUUUGACUUGGCUGACUCCUGUAAGAUUAUCUGUCAGAUAGACAUUCCUGCCGAUGAAACACCAGUCCAUAAAAACCACUCCAUUCUGGUUUCUCGGAAUUCAUUUAAAGAGUACAUUGUAUUUGCCUACAGGAGUGGGAAGGAAGCCAUGGUACUGAAUGCCAGACGAGGAGCGGUCGUUGCCAAACUCACUGCACAAGAUCCAGUGGCUUCGGUUCAAGGUGUGGCUGUAACAAAGGAAUAUUUCCUACUGAUCUGCAGGUAUCCUUCGCCAAAAUUACAUGACAUGGUGCAUAUAGAGCUUUUCAGUGUGCACACAUUUGCCUAUAUUCGCACAGUGAAGGGCUGCUGCAAUGACUUCAUUACCAAGUUUGCUGUGAAUCGUCAAGGAUCUCACGUGGUUGCGUUUUCUCGGCUCCCAAACGCCAAUACCACUGAGAUAGUAGUUUGGAAUCUAGAAACAGAGGACCAUAAACACAUGGCAAAGUUUUCAUCGGUGCCACUAGGAGGUAAGCAGUAG